GGCAGUGCGUGGGGGGUGCGGGCGCUGCCCACCGUGCGGCCCCGGGGAGGUAGAAGGGUCCCGGUUUGGCACCGAUCGUGUCGUCCCUCCCCCUUCCCCCCCAACCAGGGCGGAGCUGUUGCAACAUGCACAGGACCACCCGGAUAAAGAUCACCGAGCUGAACCCGCACCUGAUGUGCGCGCUGUGCGGGGGGUAUUUCAUCGACGCCGCCACCAUCGUGGAGUGCCUGCACUCGUUCUGCAAAACCUGCAUCGUGCGUUACCUGGAGGCCAAUAAGUACUGCCCCAUGUGCGACGCCCAGGUGCACAAAACCAGACCCCUCCUCAGCAUCAGGUCAGACAGAACGCUGCAGGACGUGGUGUACAAAUUGGUCCCGGGACUGUUCACAGAUGAGAUGAAGCGUCGCCGCGACUUUUACGCCGCGUACCCCGUGGCCGAGGUGUCCAACGGCUCCAACGAGGACCGCGGGGAGGUUCCGCAGCGCGACGGGACGCAGCCGACGGAGGACGGCAUCGUCAGUCUGUCCAUUGAGUUCUACGAAGGAGCCAGAGAAGAGAAAAAAGGGACCAUCGAGAAUGGGGAUCUGGAGAAGGAGAAGAGGAACGCGGUGCGGUUCCUGCGCUGCCCCGCGGCCAUGACCGUGAUGCACCUGGCCAAGUUCCUGCGCAAUAAGAUGGACGUGCCCAGCAAGUACCAGGUGGAGGUCCUCUAUGGAGAUGAGCCCCUGAGGGAGUAUUACACACUGAUGGACGUCGCCUACAUCUACCCUUGGAGGAGGAACGGCCCUCUGCCUCUCAAAUACCGCGUCCAGCCGACCUGCAAGCGCCUGAAGCUGCCUCAGCCGCCCACCUCCGAGUGCACCAACACCAGCGGCGCCUCCGAAUGCGAAUCGCUCAGCGACAAAGCGCACAGCCCCGCCACGCUGCCCCGCACUCCGCCCUCCCUUCCCAGCCCCGGCACUCCGCCCCACGGCUCUCCCAGCCCCACAGCCGCCGCCGCUCCCCACGGCGCUUCGAACUGCCCCCCUUUGCCCUCCUCCCGCUGCCGCAAAGCCGCGGCUCACGGCCCCGCGGGGUCCGCGCUGACCUAACGGGGGGAGGGGGGGGACGGCCGCGUUGGUUUUGUAUAGCUCUAUAUAUUAUAUAUAUGUGCAUCUAUAAAGAGAGACGUGUACA